AUGCUAAAAAUCCUCACCACACAGGCUGUGCUUAGUUCUCCUGCUGGGAAGAUCCUACACACAGAGUAUUGGCUAUUUCCGGGACCAGUCCAAGGUGGAGGCACGCAGUGUAACCUUCCCGUGUUUCCUUCCCCGCAGAGGGUGGUGGCAGCCGUGGUGUUCUUGGUGGCAGCGCAGGCCCUCGCCUCCCCGAAAUUUGGCGGCGGCGGCGGCUACGGUGGCGGUGGCGGCAAAAAGGGCGGCGGCGGGGGCGGCUACGGGUACGAGUACGUGUACGUGCCCAUCACAGUCCCUGUCCACUACUAUACCACCGUCAAGUACGUUAACGGUGGCGGUGGAUAUGGAGGCGGAGGUGGCGGUGGAUAUGGAGGCGGAGGAUACGGAGGUGGCGGUGGAUUUGGAGGCGGUGGAUACGGAGGCGGUGGAUUUGGAGGCGGCGGAUUUGGAGGCGGUGGACACGGAGGUGGCGGCGGAUUUGGAGGCGGUGGAUACGGAGGCGGUGGUUUUGGAGGUGGCGGAUUUGGAGGCGGUGGACACGGAGGUGGGGGUGGAUAUGGUGGCGGUAUUGGAGGAGGACACGGAGGUGGAUUUGGAGGAGGACUCGGCGGCGGAUUUGGAGGUGGAUACGGAGGUGGAGGAAUCGGAGGCGGACCUGAUGACAUUUUCCUGGACGACGUCGGUCUGGAGGGCGGGAUUGGUGGCGGCAAGGGACUCGGAGUGGGCGGCGGCGGGUACGGCGGGGGUGGGUUCGGUGGCAAGGGAGGUGGCGGAAUCAUUGAUGGCGGAUUCAUCGGAGGUGGACAUGGCGGUGGUGGAUACGGCGGUGGUGGAAUCAUUGGCGGUAAAGGAGGCGGUGGAUUCAUCGGUGGCGGACAUGGCGGCGGCGGAAUCAUCGAUGGUGGAAUAAUCGGUGGUAAAGGAGGUGGCGGAUUCAUCGAUGGUGGACAUGGCGAUGGUGGAUUCAUCGGUGGCGGACAUGGCGGCGGCGGAUAUGGUGGUGGUGGUGGAUUCGUCGGCGGUAAAGGAGGUGGAUUCGUCGAUGGUGGCCAUGGAGGUGGUGGAUUCAUCGAUGGAGGACAUGGCGGUGGCGGAUUCAUCGGUGGCGGAUUUGGCGAUGGUGGACUCAUCGGUGGCAAAGGAGGCGGUGGAUUCGUCGGUGGUGGAGGAUACGCGAGGUAGUGAAGCGUCCGUCCCAGCUGCUUGUUUUUAUUUGUUUAUGUUUUUGUUUAAGUGUGAUUUUUAUACCUUGACUUUUUUACGAAUAAAAUAA